AUGAUCUUUAAUCCAAUCAUCGGGUCAAACAAGUAUCCAUAUAUGAAAAUAACGAUGAUGAAUGCCAAUGCUGUAGUGGCAGGAUCCAACGACACCAUGUCAAUCGCAGAUUUUCAGCCCGCAAUAUGGACUAGUUCAUCUAAUAGUGCCUUGAAAAUAUCAUUAGUAAGCGAUAAUGCUAUCCAAUUCUCACCUGUUUUCACAUAUCCAAUUUACGGCGAUUCCGAGCAGAUAUAUGGCUAUCAAGAUCUGGUAAUCCACCUAGCGUUUGAUUCAGUCACGUUCAAGCCGUUUGUGAACGUGAAGUAUAGCGCAAAACUCGAUGAAGGACGUGACGAUGUGGAGGGAAGGCUUCUAAGCUUCUUACCUAAGGAUGAUGUUGUCUUGAAGGACGAGGCCAAAUGGGUUGACUGCUUUCAAAAAGAACAGGAAACCUACAAAUUGCCGCCUCAAGAUUGUUUAAUUGAUGAAUAUCUUCUGGAUGGAGAGGCUUUCGCUGUAUAUCGGACCAAAGUAACAGAUCCUUCUACCAAAGAGCUGCACCGUCGGAUCCAAAUAUUCUCACUUUUGUUCAUCGAAGCGGCAUCAUACAUCGAUCAAGAUGAUCCCAAUUGGGAGAUUUUUUGGUUGUUUAGCAAGGACCACAAGCAGUGCAUUGGUUAUGUGACUACAUACAAGUUGUGGCAUUACACAGGAUCAGCCAGUUUUGAUCAACCAGAAAAUAUAAAGUACCGAGCACGGAUUUCUCAGUUCAUCAUUUUGCCUCCGUACCAAGGCAAAGGCCAUGGAUCACAUUUAUACGAGGCACUGUUUUCUCAUUGGAUUAAGGACGACAGCGUAACAGAAGUUACGGUCGAAGACCCUAAUGAGAACUUCGAUGACCUUCGGGACCGUAAGGAUUUACAGCGCCUGUAUGAAAAUCGUUUUUUCAAUCAAGUGGCUAAAGAUGGCGAAGUUUCUCAGGAGUGGAUUGAAAGUAAUCGGAUGAGAUACAAAAUAGAAAAACGGCAGUUCAACCGUUUAGUAGAGAUGAUUAUGAUGCAUAAUAAUUCCCCUCAAUUUCGGUUGCAGGUAAAGAGACGCCUUUAUAUCAAAAACUAUGACAGCCUGAUAGAUAUGCCUGAGUCAGAGCGUAAGGAUGCCCUUCAAAAGUCCUUUUUGCUACUAGCAGACGACUACAAGCGAAUCGUUGCCAAAUGCAAAUUUAGCAAGCGAGCAACUGAAUCUGAUAACCAGAACCCUUGCGCGAAGAAAAUCAAAGGCUGA